UUUUCAUUUAUAAAGAGUGGAGUGUCGCCCAGCGUCACUCACUAGACUGACAUCCUGUACUGAAGACAAGUCUUUAUGGGUCCCCUGGCAGCAGCGUGGUUUAUGAUGCUGCUAGCACUAGCUGCAGCAUCACCUAGAUUCACGUCUCAGAAGCAAGCAGCACUGGGAGACGCGCUACCGUCUCAUCUGGCUUCUGAAGGAGUUGCUUCACUAAGAACAGUCCUCCAGCAGCGCCUACACAGGCCAGCACAAGGACCUGAAGAUACUUUGCAGUCUCACAAAAAUGUUACAGCUUCUGUUUGGUGCUUGGGGAGUGUGAGCUGCGACGGGUGUCCGUGCAGGCAGAGAGGCGGCCGUGUCCCGUACAGGAGCUUCUGCAGAAGCCAUCGCCAUAAAUGCAAUUAA